AAAUGCAGAUGAAUAGGAGAAACUUCAAUAACAAGAUUCGCCCAUCCUUGUCGUCUUCUCGUUGGAGGCCUUUUGGUGGCGCCGGUGGGGAAUGGGCCCUCGAACGCCGCGUGGAGCUAAUCACGUGCGAGGACUUCCGGGACUGCCCUGAGCGGCAGCCUUGGGUGCUCACGACAGACGGCCACGCAAGGCUAACACAAGAGGAGGUGCGGUUUUGGCACAUGCUGUCUGCGGUGGGCGGAAGACGAAUCGAAGAGACCGCCAGAUAUGAAAAGUCACGUGAGAAGAAUCGCUAGAACUUAAGAAGUGGCGGGAAUUGGUCCAGUCGGCGAGUGAAGAGCGUUGUUUUUAUCUGUGGCUUCGUGAAUUAAAACAUUAAAAAAAUGUCAGACGAUGAUAUAAUGGAAGUAGACGAAAUUAUUCCGUCUACCAGUAAGGAAAAUGUUUCAUCUAAAUCUAAAACCGGCCAUAGUCUUCCUUGGAUCGAAAAAUAUCGUCCGCAGACCUUUGAAGACAUUGUGGGAAAUGAAGAAACUGUUGCACGGUUAAGUGUUUUCGCUAAACAAGGAGAUGUGCCUAAUAUUAUAAUUGCCGGUCCUCCUGGAGUAGGCAAAACUACAACCAUUCUAUGCCUGGCUCGAAUUCUGUUGGGCCCAGCUUUCAGCUCUGCUGUUUUAGAAUUGAAUGCUUCAAAUGAUCGAGGUAUAGAUGUUGUGCGCAAUAAAAUUAAGAUGUUUGCACAGCAGAAAGUAACAUUGCCACCUGGUCGUCAAAAGAUAAUUAUCUUAGAUGAAGCUGACAGUAUGACAGAAGGUGCUCAACAGGCACUCAGACGUACUAUGGAGCUUCAUAGCAAAACUACUCGAUUUGCUCUGGCUUGCAAUAAUAGUGAAAAAAUAAUAGAACCAAUACAAUCUCGAUGUGCUAUGUUACGAUAUGGAAAGCUCUCUGAUGCUCAAGUCCUUGCCAAAGUGACUGAAAUUUGUCGUAAAGAAGAGAUAUCACAUACUGAUGAUGGGCUAGAAGCUAUUGUUUUCACUGCUCAGGGCGACAUGAGACAGGCUUUGAACAAUCUGCAGUCCACCUACAAUGGCUUUGGUCAUGUCAGUAGUGAAAAUGUUUUUAAAGUGUGUGAUGAGCCCCAUCCACUUCUUGUCAAAGAAAUGUUAGAACAUUGUGUUGAAGGAAACAUUUCCAAAGCAUACAAGAUAAUGGCACAUUUAUGGAAAUUAGGAUAUGCUGCUGAAGAUAUUAUAUCAAAUAUAUUUCGUGUGUGCAAAAAUCUCAGUAUGUCAGAAUCUCUUAAAUUGGAAUUUAUCAAGGAAAUUGGUGUUACCCAUUUGAGGAUAGUGGAUGGUCUGAACUCUAUUGUGCAGAUGUCAGGUUUAUUGGCUAGAUUGUGUCAAAAAUCCCUGGCAAAAGCUUGAAGAACUUGCAAUUGUACAAAGAUGUGAGUUAAUUGAUGAUUGUACAUUGUAAAACAAGUUUCAAAGUUGUAAUAUAAUUGUUUUGUAUGUUCUCAAAUUUGUUGAAGAAUGAUUUCCAGUUACACCUGUCCUUUGCCAAAAUUAGUCUAUGUUCAUGAAUCUUGAAGUCUUGUUAAGUAUCAUCUCCCUCGUACAACAAGCGUUUUAUGCAUCUUAUUAAGCAUGGUUUUGGUUAUUAUGAUUUCUGAAUUGAUUUGUGCUAUAUUCUUGAUUCGUUCUUUAAAAAAUGUGUAUUCAUGUUUCUUGCAGACAUGGAUUUAUGUGUUUUUUCAUAAUAUAUUAAAGUUACUUCUUUUAACUUUGGUAAUAUCAUCUCAGUUUGCUUGUAUUAAUAAAUAAAACGUCUUUUUUUUUCCCUAAAACUCCCCCCUUUUCACGGAGCAGGAUAGCAAUACUUUCUCUUAUAAAGUAACAGCUGGCAAGUAAUAUAAAAUUGAUGAAAAAAUAUUUCCGAUUUUGUAAACAAUUUACAUCCAAUAAUUUUAAUUUAUGUUUAAAAAUAAACAAAUAAAUAACUAUUUUGAUAUUUU